GACGGAGGCGGCCAUGAGUGACGUCAAGAACGUGGGAGUGAUCGGACUCGGAGUGAUGGGACAGCGCAUGCUGCAACUGCUGUACAAGCAGCCAACUCUUCGUGCGACCUAUGUCUGGGAUGCGAACCCGUCAGCUGUCCAGGCCACUCUUGAAAAGUACCCCGAACUCAAAGCCGCUUCCAGCGCAUCCGACCUCAUUCAACAGCAAGGUCUGCACUCGCUGUACAUCGCCACCCCUCCUGCAGCUCACAUUGACCUGACAAACGAAGCGUUGGACCGCGGCUUGGCUGUGCUGUGUGAGAAGCCAUUGAGCACGGAUGGCGCUGUGGCCAAGGAGUGCGUUGCACGCAUCGCAGCUUCCAGUGCUCGCACGGGCGUCAACUUUCCUCUCGCUACGGCGCAAGGCCUUUCCCUGGCUGAAUCUCUCUUCGGUGACAACAAACCCCUUGGCGCUCUCCACAACGUUUCCAUCUCUGCUUCCUGGAUGCAGUGGCCGCGUCCGUGGCAACAAGGUGCUGGACGUUGGCUGGCUGAACGCCAAGAAGGUGGGUUCACCCGGGAGGUUCUGUCGCACUUCGUCUUCGCCCUUCAACGAGUCGUGGGUCCCCUUACGUUGAUCCACAGCGCUGCCACGUAUCCCGAGGAAUCGAAUCUGGCGGAAACGGACCUGAAUGCCCGCUUGAGCGCUACACGCGACGGCCAUGCCAUAUCCGUGCAAGUUGAAGGCCAUGUGCGUGGCGACAUUCCAUGCUACAACCAAGUUCGAUGGGAAGGCACUAAGGGAACGUUGGUGCUGGGCCGAUGGUUCAGUGAAAUCCAAGUACUGCUUGCCGACGGCAGCGACUUUCCUGUUGAAGAGAAGGACCGCGACGAUGUCGACUUGGCGACGCAUUGGGCCGCGCUCGUCGACGGCAAGCCUAACACGUUGUCAAGUUAUGCGGAAGCGCUGGGAGUGCAGGAGGUCAUUGAAGCGAUGCUGGAGGGCAAGAAUGAAGCCAGCCUUGGCUCGAACGACUGCAUCGCUUAGUCGAUGAUGCGAUACAUGUUUCAAUUCCAAUCGUUGUUUUCCA